AAUAUUGGUGCCGACAUUUUGGUUCCACCUUCCACCACUACCAUUGAUGUUACUGGUAGUCUGAUCCUGCCAGGCGGACUUGAUUACUUCAAUUAUUUCCUGCACGACGAUUUUAACAAGUUCGUUGAAUUUAGUAAAGAGACGCUAAUUGACGGGACAACUUGUGCAGUAUUGACGCUUAUAUGUCCUCCCGGCAUAUCCCCUGCCAAAUUGAGCAAGUCCUUCCUCUCAGCUUCCGAGGUUAAUAGGCCUUUAUGCGACUUUGCCCUACGUGUUGGGAUGUGUGAAAUACAAGAGACCACACUGAAAGAAAUGGAGGAGAUGGUCCGCUGCCUUGGUAUCAUCUCUUUUUUGGUGAGUAGAACAUUUGUGCACCUGUCAACAUUAUUUUUUUCAUAA